AAAUUCAGGCCGUUUCUCGAAGAUUUCCCGCGCGAUAAUGCUGAGGCUCGGCGUGAAGAAGCUCGCGGGGCUGGCCGGCGCCGCCGCGGGGCCGGCGGCGGGGACGGGGCCGGCGCGGGUGGUGCCGCCGCUGCGGCUGUACCACGAGCGGGUGGUGGACCACUACAACAACCCGAGGAACGUCGGGUCGUUCGACAAGAACGACCCGGCGGUCGGGACGGGGCUGGUCGGGGCGCCGGCGUGCGGCGACGUGAUGAAGCUGCAGAUCAAGGUCGACGAGGAGACCGGGAAGAUCGUGGACGCGCGAUUCAAGACGUUCGGCUGCGGUUCCGCCAUCGCGUCUUCCUCCGUCGCGACUGAAUGGGUGAAAGGGAAGCAGAUGGAGGAAGUUUUAUCCAUUAAAAACACGGAAAUUGCAAAGCACCUCUCUCUUCCACCUGUUAAGUUACACUGCAGCAUGCUUGCCGAGGAUGCAAUAAAGGCAGCCGUAAAAGAUUAUGAAGCUAAACGUGCUAAGUUGGAUGGAAGCAGUGAUAGUGCUAAGGAUGCACCUCUCGAGAAGGCGGCUGAUGCCUGAAUCUGUCCAUGGAAUGAUGAUGAUGAUACCUCUGGGAAGGCGGCUGAUUGCUGAAGCUGUCCAUGAAUGAUGAUGACGGUCUAUACAGAAUCGUAUCUCGUGGCUUGAAGCUGUAAUAAUGGACUUGGAAAAUGUAAAGAAUACUUUUUUUCUGAGAACAGAAGCCUUUAUAGUUGAUAUUACCUAAGGCA